GAAACUGGACUGAACACAGUACCUUCUCGCACUGUGCUCCAACUUUUUGCACCUCUCAAAGUCUUGAACUAAUCAACCAAGGUACUUCCUAUUCCGGCCAUCUCGCACACCAAACCUUUCAUCACAACUCGACACCAAUUAUACGCCAGACCUCUGGAUGGGAAUAUUGCCCCGCAGCAUGCACCAGACAGCACAAUGAAGUCGCUGGAUUUCCGGGUCCGCAAGCUGCACGUCAACACCGACGCCGGCAAGAGGCUGCAGAAAAAGCAGCCGUCCCGGGUCUACGUCAAUGAGGAAGCACUCAUUGAACUGACGGGCAGCAAGGAUGGAGGCAAGGUUGCUUGGAUUGAAAAGGUAUCGGACUUCCCAGAUGGCCCACCAGUCCGCCGCGAGGCCACGCUGUGGCAGGCCCCCGAGAAGCUCGACAAGAGCGCCACGCAAAUGUACGAUGCCUUCCGGGAUGCCUGCAACUACAAACUGGGCGACCAGGUCCGCAUCACGGCGGUAGGCGGUCCUCUUCCCGAUGCGGACGAGGUCGUCCUCGAGCAGCUUCCUGCACAGGACGGCAAGGACGGGAUCGCCCCUGUCGUACCCCUUGAACCAGAAGAUGUCCCCGCGUGGGGGUACUUUUUGGCAGGGCGACUGUCUCAGAUUGAGCACGUCUAUGCCGGCUUGGUGUACAGGAACCUCGUCCUCAGGGGUCCUGAGCGGUCGUUUAUCGUGGUAUCUGUGAACGGUAGUACUGGAGGCAACGCCCGCUAUUUGGACCGGAAAACGUCAGUCAAGAUCGCCACGGCUCCUGUCAGCGGCGGCCAAGCAAACCGCGUGGCGUCUCAGAAGCUCGAAGUGACGGGUAUCCGGGGGUUGGAAUCACAGAUUGGCCGGCUCAACGAUAUCCUAGGCUGUUACGACGCCGACCUGCCCUUUGCACGGAGACGGCCGCUUCCUGGCAUCGUCAUCCACGGCGGCCAUGGCACAGGCAAGACGAUGCUCCUAGACAGCAUCGCCAAAACCGGCUGGGGCACAGUGUUUCGCAUCCAGUACAAAGACAAGCUCUCGGAGAUCCAAGAGGCCUUCCAGAAGGCGCGGUUACAGCAACCCAGCCUUGUGCUCAUCGACGAGCUGCAACGUCUGAUCGACAAAGAUCGCAACAACCGCGCCGCCGUCAUCCUCGCCCUGUGCGAGGCACUUGACGCCCUUGCCGCAGACGUGGAAACGAAAGGGGAGCAGCCCAAGGUGGCCGUCGUGGUCACUUGCCUUGACUACACUACUGAUGUGCCCGAGGACCUGAAGAAGCCCGGCCGUCUGACGAGCGAGAUAUAUCUCCCCUUGCCUGAUGUCGACGGCCGGAGGGAGAUUCUCGCCUCGCUAGGCCUGCAUGUGGCCCCGGACCAGGAGCAGGAUCUCCUCCGCCACCUGAGCGAGCGCACCCAUGCCUACACGGGAGAUGACCUCCGCCGCUUGGUCGACGAGGCCAGUCUGAUAGGUUGUAUUCGCCACCGCAAGACACCCGCGGCCUUGCGUGGCCAGCACCUGCCCACGCCGCCCCCGGGGGAUGACACGGAACAGCAAGAACCGGAAACCGUCCCGCCACCGACACCACUCUACUACUCCCCUGCCGAUUAUCACGAAGCGCUGCGUGUCGUCCGGCCCUCGGCAAUGCACGACAUCAACCUGAAGCCGCCACCAAUCCGAUGGGACGACAUCGGCGGCCAAGAAACCGUCAAGCUCUCGCUGCGCCGCGCCGUGCGGCUCUCGCUCGAACCGCCCGAGCUGCUCUCGCGGUACUUCGACCGACCGCCCAAGGGCUUCCUGCUGUACGGCCCGCCGGGCUGCUCCAAGACCAUGGCGGCGCAGGCGAUGGCGACCGAGUCCGGACUCAACUUCUUCGCCGUCAAGGGCGCCGAACUGCUGAACAUGUACGUGGGCGAGUCGGAGCGCGCCGUGCGCCGCCUCUUCCAGCGCGCGCGCGAGGUCAGCCCGAGCCUGAUCUUCUUCGACGAGAUCGACAGCAUCGCGGGGCAGCGGAGCGGCUUCGGCCACAAUUCCUCUUCGUCGUCGUCGUCCUCAAGCAGUGGCGGACACGGCGGCAUCCACGUGCUGACCACGCUGCUCAACGAGAUGGACGGCUUCGAGGCCCUCGCGGGCGUCCUCGUCGUGGGCGCCACCAACCGCCCGCAGGCGGUCGACCCGGCCCUGCUGCGGCCGGGCCGCUUCGACGAGCUGAUCUACGUCGGCCCGCCCGACGAGGCCGCGCGCCGCACCAUGUUCGCGCAGUUUGCGGCGUCGCGCCGGGUGCAUGAGGGCGUGGAUAUCGAUCGCCUCGCGCAGGACACCGAGGGGUACUCGGGCGCCGAGAUCCGAGCCAUCUGCCGCGCGGCCGGCACCGCGGCGUUUGAUCGGUUCUGUGGAGGCGGCGAGCCGGCGAUCACGAUGGAGGAUCUGGAGGGGGCGAUCCGGCAUCAGAGGAAGCAGAUUACCAAGGAGAUGCUGAGGGGGUAUGAGGACUGGGAGAGGCAGUUUAGGAAGUAUUAAGGCAAACCCGGAGAAUAUGGUAGAUGGGAAAAUGGGGAUUACGCUGGGGUGUUUUGGGCUGAGGGGAUGCUGGUUGGAUGACUUUAGACAUAGGGACGGCAUAUACAAAAAAGCAACAUCGGACAAUUUAGGUUUGUGGGAAGGAGAUGCGCUGUUCUUCACAAGGCCCGGGCCUAUACUAGGUAGUAUGGACGAUGUACAAAUGCUUUUCUGGGCAUAGCAGUGCCAUCUUCGGACGGUGCGAAGGAGAAUUAAAAAAAAAAGCAGAUAUGAACAACACUCCC